CGAGUGAAAUCUGAUUGGAAUUUCAAUUAAAUUUCGUCAAAAGCUUUCAAUUCGCGUACGCAAUGAAUCAACUGACCAAAUGCGCUUGGCGUGUCAAAGCCCCAACCUCAACAACAGUCACGCCCAUUGCGACUCUCCGACGCACAGUGUCGAAGAUCAGUAGUGGUAAGGCUGCCACAACGCAGAGUCUGCUGCGGCAACAAUGGCGCGACAAUUCAGCAGCAGCCACGGGAGCAACUACAGCAGCAGCAGCAGCAGCAACAGUUUGUCCCCAUCUCGAUGUGGAGCAGGAGCAACUGCCAACAGCUGCAGCACGCAUCCAUGCGACGGCCGAAUGGCAAAAUGCAUUGGCCUACAACGAGAUACCAGGACCAAAACCGAUGCCAAUACUUGGCAACACUUGGCGUCUAAUGCCAAUCAUUGGCCAAUACAACAUUUCGGACGUGGCUAAAAUCUCAUCGCUGCUGCACGACAGAUACGGGCGAAUUGUGCGCUUCUCUGGCCUCAUCGGCCGGCCCGAUCUGCUCUUCAUCUACGAUGCCGACGAAAUUGAAAAGUGCUAUCGCAGCGAGGGGCCCACCCCCUUCCGGCCAUCGAUGCCCAGCCUGGUCAAGUACAAGAGCGUGGUGCGCAAGGAUUUCUUUGGUGAACUUGGCGGCGUUGUUGGAGUCCAUGGCGAGCCCUGGCGCCAGUUCCGCUCGCGUGUGCAGAAGCCCGUGCUGCAGUUGUCCACCAUAAGACGGUAUCUGCAACCGCUGGAGCUGAUCACCGAUGAUUUCCUGAUGCGCUGCGAACAGCUGCUGGAUGCCAACGAGGAGCUGCCCGCUGAUUUCGAUAAUGAAAUACACAAAUGGUCUCUGGAAUGCAUUGGUCAUGUGGCACUGGACACUCGUCUUGGCUGCUUGGAGGACAAUCUCACGCCGGACUCGGAGCCGCAGCAGAUCAUCGAUGCGGCAAAGUAUGCGCUACGCAAUGUGGCCACGUUGGAACUGAAGGCGCCAUACUGGCGCUAUUUCCCCACCCCGCUGUGGACACGCUAUGUGAAGAACAUGAACUUCUUCGUUGGCGUCUGCAUGAAGUACAUACAGAGCGCAACGGAGCGGCUGAAGACCCAGGAUGGCAGUCAGCGUGCUGGUGGCGAGCCAUCGCUGCUCGAGAAGGUGAUCAUGUCGGAGAAGGAUGAGAAGAUUGCCACCAUAAUGGCACUGGACUUGAUACUCGUGGGCAUCGAUACGAUUUCCAUGGCCGUCUGCUCCAUUCUAUAUCAGCUGGCCACGCGACCAGGGGAGCAGCAGAAGGUACACGAGGAGCUGAAGCGACUGCUGCCCGAUGCCAAUACACCACUGACGAUCCCGCUGCUCGACCAAAUGCACCAUCUGAAGGCGUUCAUCAAGGAGGUCUUUCGUAUGUACAGCACGGUCAUCGGAAAUGGACGCACCCUCCAAGAGGAUAGCGUUAUAUGUGGCUAUCAGGUUCCCAAGGGCGUUCAGGCCGUCUUUCCCACUAUUGUCACGGGCAACAUGGAGGAAUAUGUCACUGAUGCAGCCACAUUCCGUCCCGAACGCUGGUUGAAGACGCACCAGGGCGGCACUCCCGGCAAGCUGCAUCCGUUCUCCUCGCUGCCCUACGGCUACGGUGCCCGGAUGUGCCUGGGACGCCGUUUCGCCGAUCUGGAAAUGCAAAUACUGCUCGCAAAACUGUUGCGCAACUAUAGACUGGAGUACAAUCAUCCGCCGUUGGACUAUGCCGUCACCUUCAUGUAUGCGCCGGAUGGUCCAUUGCGAUUCAAAAUGACACGCAUCUAGUGCAUAUAUUCUAUAUAAUAUACUAUAAGUAUUUGUUCAUUUAAGUCUUAAACAUAUCUAUUAAAUAUACAUAAAACCACUGACAAGAUUUAUCUGCAGAGGUCUGAACGA